UUCAGACCUGGAGCUCUUCUGCAUCUCUGUGAGCCUAGGCUUGUGGGAGAUGACGAAGAUCAUUUCUUUUGGAGAUGAAGAUGACUACGAAAAAUUUUUUACCCCGAACAAGAAGAAGAAGAACAUUACCAGCGGCAGUGGGGGAGUACAAGAGCACCGGCUGGAAGACCCUGAUGAGAUCGCCGAGCUGUGGAACUACCGCGAACAUGGGAGCAAGACCGCAUGUGGACAUAUUUUGAACGGACGACCUACUACUUCCGAAUAUGAUGAAGUACACCAGGUGCAGGCGCCGGAACAAACGGAGAACAAGAGAAAAAAACGGAAAAAAAUCACGAGACAAGUGGUCCUGGAGUCGAUCCGCACCGGGUUGUAUGAAAUGUAAAAAUGUCUGGGUCUGGAAGAAUGCGCGAUUUGUCAUGCAGCUUUUCCAUGACCCGUGAGGUCUGGAAUGCAGGACCUAGCAUGACAGAUUCUGCGUGAUCUCUCUCAUGCCUCUCCUGCAUGAGAAACUCCCUCCCGACUUGGUCAAAACUGGACGACUUUUGGUAAUCAUGCAACACAGAUUUUUGCAUGCUUCAGAUUUAGCAUGACAAGUCCCAUUCUUCCAGACCCAGACAUUUUUACAUUUGAUAGGUUGCGCAAAAUCCCGAUCCAGGUGGCUUGCGACGUGGUCGAUAUGCAGGAGGUAUCAAAUGUAAAAAUGUCUGGGUCUGGAAGAUUCUGAGACUUGUCAUGCAUGUUUUGCAUGACCCAGGACGUCCGUAAUGCGCGACCUAGCAUCACAGAUUUCUAGAGGGCUUCCUGAUGCCUACUCCGCAUGACAAACGCCCUCCCCGCGUAGCACAAACUAGAAUCCUCUUGGUGGUCAUGCAAUACAGAAUUUCUUAGAGUCCGAAGUUAGCAUCACAAGUUCCAUCCUCCCAGACCCAGACACUUUUGCAUUUGAGAGGAGGGAGACUACCGUGAAUACUGCCAAAACACGAUCUUGUACGAGGACACACAGCUCCUGUGUAUGAACAAGCCUUCGGGCAAGCGGGUGACGCCCUUCCACCGACUAGCGUCCACCGACAGCUGUCAGAACGAGAUGCUGGCGUACGUGACAAGGGAGCUCUCUUGCUGGAAGAGGACGACAGGGGAUGAUGUGUCGAAAAUCAUGGAGCCGAGCUGCACAACGGGAGUUGUAGAAUCGCAACACCGAGAAGAAGCUGUGCUGGGUAACAACAAGACCACGACAGUUCUACCCACCGUCCCCAGUCCGCUGCACCGGCUGGACGUGCACACAUCGGGGGUCCUGCUGUUUGCGAAGCACGGCGAAGCGGCCAAGCAAUUUGGGAACCAGGAGUUUUGGGCCGGACGCACGAGAAAGCGGUACUUGGCGAUUGUCAGAAUUGUGUCUGAGGAGCUGCUGCUGGUGGAGAAAAAGGAAAAGCACUUCUUCGUGAAGAUUUCCGAGCCCCUGGAUGGGAAGGCAGCGGUAACGGGAGUGGAGGUGCUGGACCAAGUAGUUUUUCCUCGUCGGACAGGAAACAAUAGAGAACAUGACCAAGAGAAUGACAACAAGAACGACGCAAUACAAGAGGAACCAGGCUCUUUCUACAACUACGCCCUGGUGUGCUGCGAGCUACUCCAAGGCGGGCGCACGCACCAAAUCCGCAGACACUGCGCGCGGCUGGGUAUGCCUUUACUGCAUGAUCGCGAGUACCAAGCGGGCUCGACGGAGAAAGUUGGUUGUUCCACCGGCGUCCAGGAUCAUGUCGUCGCCGGGUUGAGGACUAGCGAGACCCCCUUGGAACAGCAGGAUCAAAAACAAGAAGUAGCAGCUCAUUCUGGAAGUAGCAAUGUGGAGAAUUAUCCGGACCGCGAAGCCGAGAGCGAUAGUUUUCCGAGCGUAGCUGGCCAAACUUCCAAGCAGUUUUUCUUGCACGCAUGGAAACUGGAUCUCGGGACGACUAGAACUUUUCCUGCAUCGGGUGACAACAGUUCCUCGGAAAAUCAAAAUGAUCCGUUGACAUCUUCACCGGGUGACCACUUGCUUGUUGACAACGAGAACGACCCCCGAUUUCCGAUAUCCAUUGAAGCGCCCUUGCCAAGCCGGUUCCAACAAGAGUUAGAGGCGCUGGGACUCAAGAACCCCAUUUCAACUUGACGAGAAACUGUAGGGAAUUUAAGGAUUUCAGUAUCAGUAUCCCUUUUGUUCCGAUAAAGGCAAAGCAAGCGACACGACGACAUCUACCAGUAUCCAUUGUUUAUGGCGAUUGAGAUUCACAUCGUGACAAAAUGAG